CGGGCUUUUUGUUAAUGAGAGGAAACAAUGCCUCUCAGCCAAUGCUGUGUGAGGCUGUCGGGACAGGAGUGCUUUUCUAGGAUGGCAGGUGGUGAGGGUCAAAGGUGUUGCUUCUACAAAGUGGUCUUGAGGCCUCUGGCAGCCACAUACCUAGAAGGUCAACAAAGGACUAAAUUCAGCCUGACGGGUUGCUGCUGGUGUAAUGACAUCAAGCCUGGCAGGACCAUGGUUUUUAGAAGAAAGAUUUUUAGAGGCUCUUAGAAGAUUCUGGAGAACUAGUGCUGGCAUUAACUCAUUGUGUGACUUUGGAGAAAGUACUCUUCCUGGGCCUCAGUUUGCGUACCUGUAAUAUGAAGCAGAGAUGCCCUCCUGGCUCUUGACCAUCUAUGUGAUUCUUUUCUCUCUACGUCAUAGAUGGGGAUGCAACAGAGAGCUAUUCUGAAAUGCUUUUGACCUCCUUGUGUGGAAAAAAAGAAAGCUAGUUUCUUCUCUGUGGAAGUCAGGUGACCAGUCCUCAUUCAUUGUUUUCUCCGUGUGUCUCCCCAGUACAGUAAACUCAACUGGGCCAUGCUUGGGAACACAUGCAGAGGAUGAUGGCAGACUGUGAAGCAUUAGGAUGGGGGCUUAGAACAGAGCCAUGCAGAGGAGUUCUUGAGCCCCAUCAGAAUAAUGCUUCUUUGCCCUUUUCCCCUAAGUCCCUGCUUUAUAUCAGUUAAAUAGUAACCCCUGGUGUACCAGGAGACCUAGCCUCUGAUUAAUCCAACGUUCUAUCCAUAUGGCUUUUCUUGGGAAGCAGGAAUGUAUGGAUUUUUAAAAGUUGAUGAGUCCUAAAAAGAAAAACAAAAUUAACAGCAGAUGGUUGGAAAUAGUUUUCUGACUUGGUUGCAGAAUGACCAGUGAUAGUAUGUAUACCCAGAACACCAUAACACCUUUUAUUUAUCUAGCACUUAUUGUUUAUAAGGCACUUUCGUAUACAAUGUCAUAUUUUGCUUAGGCCUGGAGAAAGAGAUAAUGUUUCCUGCAACAAUGUAUAUUCCAAAGAGGAGAUACUAUGUAAAAAGAAAUGCUGCGGCAAGUGAACUAGCUGAAUUAGGCUAUGUUAUAGUGGCAAAUUCUGUGGAAUUUAGAAGUCCUAACAAAGAGGGAUAUUAGCUGAAGUGAAAGGGAUAGCUUAGCAGAGACAUGUCUGAUGUGUCUCUCAAAAGGAUGACUCAGUUUUGGCUUUAUAGAAAGGGCUUCUUCCUCAGAGAGUCAGUGUAACUUUGUAACAAGGGAGGUAUUGCUUUAGGCCAGGAAGUAGAUAAGUUGGAGGGAAAUUGGUUAGACUCCCAUCUCUCAUUUUUCAGUCUGCAAAAUACUCAUUCCCAAGACCUUGUUACACAGGCUCUCCUCAUAGCCAUGCUGCCUUUGGGUGACUGCCAACUUUAGUAGCAUAAGGAGGAGCAGUACUUGUGUCUAGGUUCUGUUAUUGAUAAUAUUCAUCCUGUCAGGUUUCUUUUUGGCCUUGUCGGAUUUUUUAAAUUUGUCCUGGGACUGGACACUGAUAUAGGCAUGUAUGGUUGACGUAGUGCCAUCUCACAGCUAAACCUCCAGCCAGAGAUGUUUGAGUGUUCUCAAGAGCAGCAAGCACCAAGAUUAGCAUAUGGUUGCUAAACCCCUUGCUAAAUAUCAGUGGUGUCUAUCAAUUAUGCCAAUAAAUAUUUCUUCAAGCAUGGCUAGUCCCAUUUUGCUUACAAUUUUGGCAGAUAUGUGUGACAGGGAGUGAAUUUAUGGAGUGAUUAUUCUGUUUACCAAAAAUCACCCAGUAAGUGGCACAGGUGGCUUUAGAACUGAGCUGCCACAGUGGGAAUCUGGGCUUAGCAGGAAGAGAUUCUCAUAGUUAUUUAAGUCUUUAAGAUCUACAGUUUCUCAGCAGAAGGGUUAAACUGCUAGAUAGUGUGACUGUUGUAAAGACUGGUGGUCUUAAUUUAGUGGCCCUUUAUCCUCCUUGAGUCCAGUUAUGUUGCCUUUGUGUUAGAAACUUAAGAAAAAUAUCCCAUUUGGGAUGUCUUAUUUAAUUGUCCAAUUCUUAGGCACAGAACUUAGUGGGGUGCAGCAUAUGCCAUUUAACCCUUGAUGUCCGUGUACAUAAGGCAGGCUGUAUUUAGGCUGGGCAUUUGGCAAAUAAUAAUUGGUGCUGUUGUCCCCUUAGUCCCAAGCUGUUGGUUUUUAGUGAGUAACAGUAAAUCCCAUCCUUUUUUAAGUUGCUGUAGCUAUUUGAUUUUUUUAUCUUCUUUACAAUAUAUUAGAAGUCUAACUUCAACCAAAUAUGGCUUACCUGCUUUCGGUUCACUGUGUGAUUUUUCUUACCUCCUCCCUCCUUGCUAAAAGUGUAGAAUGACACACACUCAAAAAGUCCUGAGCUUUUGGUGAAACCCUUUGCAAUGCACUGAAUAUACACUGUUGCAUUCCAGUUGUUAUGUGAUGGAUAUGUUUUAGAGAAAACCUGAUGGAUUUGAGAAACUUGGCUUUCUGUUGUCCCCCUUGACUUCAGACCAGACGCACCUCCUCAUUCUCCAUCUGUUGUCUGGAGCACUGAUUACUGUUCCUGCUUGGGAUUGACGUUGGUGGGUAAUGGGUACAAUAAAGGAUCCAGCCAUCUGCUGACAGCUUAUCAGAUGAACUGAGUCCUGUGUCAUCAGUCCAGGGGGACACAAGGCAAUGAUGUUUAUAUGGGCCUCACCAGUGAAGCAUGACAUUCCUUUUUAGUUUGUUUUAUUUCUCCCCCCAAGGAAAUUUGCAGAGAAUUUUUCCAUCUUUCAUUGUUACAGUCUUCGGGGGCAUCCAUAUAAAGAGAGGUGCUGCGGAUCAGUGAAUUAAACAACCCACAGAUAGCCCCGGAUUUAAAAUUAUGAUGCUAAUUUUGCUCAUGGCUUGCUACAGGAACCUCAGCAAAUUAUUUAACCUUUUCCUGUCUCAGUCUUCUCCAUGAAAUGGGCCACGUGGAAAUGAAGCAUUUGAAUUCUCUGAAUAACGAUGUGCUCACUUAAACUGAGAAGCUGGGCAAAAUGGGUCAAAAAUGGCAGAUGACCAGUAGAGUUUUAACUUCAGACUCAGAAACUGACACAGCUCAAGUCCUUUUACCUUUCUUGAUAGCUUCUAGAAGACAUUCCUCUAAUCAUUUUUGUUACUUUCUCUGGAUCCUUGCCUGUGUCUGGAUACCCUUCUGAUGCAUGGUGUAUAAAACUGGACACUAACUCUUACCAGAGGUCCAGCCCACAUGAAUCAGAGAAGAAAGAUUUUUUUCCCAGUCUUUUCAUGCCUUGUACCUGUUAACACAACUCAGCUUGCUUUUAAUAACAGUAUGUUGCUGGCUCUUAUUCAGUGGAUAAUCCACAAGCUCUCAGGAUUUUUAUCCCUUUGCCAUAGAUGUGCCACCUUCUUCUCAGUCUUUGUGAGACUUGUUUUAGUUUCCUCCUCUCUGUAAAUACUCCCCUGAAGAUUCUUCUCCAUGAAACCUUUCCAGAUAAGCCUGACCUGGCUUCAGUUAUUCCAAUAACACAUUUUGUCUUCCUUUCCCAGCCGUAUGAAUACUUGUCAGAAUAUUGGGCUCUUUAAUGAACUCUUUAAUGAAUACCUUUGUGUGCGUGUUUGGCCAGAUCACUUUUUUUUGUAUGUUUCUUUAAUCUACACCAUUAGUGGGAACACUUUUUUAAACUAAAGGAAUAGAGGGUUUUUCCUUUGUAACUCCUUCCAGAGCUGAAUAUAAUACUGUCCAUACACAUUAAUGUGUACCUGGAUAAUGGUGACUGGCUGAUUGAUGGAACUGACUUUUUGCUUUCCUUUUUUCUUUCUCCACUAUGUUCUCAUUAAGAGAAUCUUCCUGCCUGUUUUUUGAAAUAGCCACAGGUAUGAGGCAAUCUCAGGUCCUGCUCACGCAUCUUUUUGUAGAAUUUCCAUCACAAAAGAUCUGGUUAUUAGAAUCUCUGUCCAAUCUUGGCCUGAAGUGUCUGCUUUUCUCCCAAUCAGGAAAUUACGCUGUUGGAUGUUGAUCUUAAUCUCUUGGACAUGCCAACUUUCUUGCUUCUUAAUAUCAUAUCAAUAAAAAAUGUUAUUAAGCCAGAGACUCACUUUUACUUUUUCUCCUCUCUUGUAUUUUUCAGUGGACAGCUCAUUGUUAUCAUGCCUUAUUGAAAUGAAGAGCCAGGUUGCUCUGCUUCUCCCAGUCUUUCACAUAUUUUGUUAUAUUGAGAAUAUCUUGUUUCAGGUGCUCUGUUCCUGCCAGUAACUAGCUGAGUGGACAUGAAGAGACUAUGGAUGUUUAGAGCAAUGAUUGCCAAACUUUAUUUGUAGAAGAGUCUAUUGGAAGCUUGUUAUAAUGCAGAUACCUUGUUCUCUACACAGUGAUUCUGAGCAGGUCUAGGGUAAGGAUGGAAAUCUGCAUUUAUACUAGCACUUGGGUGAUUCUAAUGCUGGUCAUCCUUGGACCCCACUUUUAGAGACAUUAUCUAGUGGCUAAAGUAAUUAGGUGGGAAGUUGGUUCAAGUGCCCAUCCUAACUGAGCAUGAGUUUGGGUGAUCUGUGGGCAAGACUUUAAGUCUGUUGGCACCACCUCAGUACCUGUUAAAUAGUAUGAUUCAGAUUAGAAGAUGAGGGUCCUAAGUUAUUGUGAAGGGGGUUUUAAGGAAGCUAUACAGUUCCAAUGGCUUGUUUGGUGACUAUUAGUUAUGUCAAUGGAGUAUUUCAGCCAGGCCACCUUUAUUACCUUCCAGAGGUAUAUUCCAUAUCCUUUCAGUCCUUUUAUAUUCCCCCUUUCCAGUCCUCUAAGAUCUGCAGGGAGUAACAAGUGGGAAUGUUGACACAUGGUUGUUGCAGGCUGACUCUGUUUGCAAGACUCUUGUUUCAAAUGUUCGUGGGAGUUUAUUCUUUCUUGCAUUCACUCAACAGAUAUUUAUCAAAUGCCUAUUGUGUGCCAAACAUUGAUGCCAGGCAUUGGACAAAGAGAAAUAAGAAACAGUCAUUGCUGACGUACCUUCAAAAGCAAAGCCAAAAAAAAAAAAAGUAACCUUUGCCCUCAUUUUGCUCCACAGUUUUGAUGAGAUGGACAAGGAAAUAGAUCAUGUAUAGUAACAGAUUUGAACAAAGCAUAGAGGACAGGGGUCUUUUUUUCCUAAUGAAAUUAAGGAAAACUUCUGAGAAGAGGUGACAUUUGAGCUGGCUCACAUUAGCUCCAUGAGAGCAAGGACCCUUGGUUUUGUUCUCUUAGUGCCUGGAACAGGGACUGGCUCCAGUAGGUGCUCAAUAAAUGUGUUUGAAUGAGCAAGGAGUUCAAUUGGGUGAUGGAGGAAAGAAAGCAUUUCUAGGCAUAAGAAACAAUAAGUGCAAAGGCUAUAUGCUAUCUCCCCAUUUCUCCCCCCACUUACCCAGUGUUCAAGUGGACAGGAAAAAACUAUGGAUCUGGAGAGCAGUGAUUGUCAAACUUUAUUUUUGAAAUAAUCCCUUGGAAGCUUGUUAUAAUGUAGAUGUCUAUCUCUCUACACAGCAGUUCUCAGCAGGUCUAGGAUGUGGAUGGGAAUCUGCAUUUAUAACAAAUUCCAGAUGAUUCUAAUGCCUGUGAGCCUUAGAUCUUACUUUUAGAGAUCCAGCAUAAGUUCGCAAAGUUGCUUCCCCCUUCACAGAAAAGUGUCUCUACUGUAACCUGGAAUUAUUUGCUUAUUAUCAUCAGGGGUAGAUGUCUUACUUCUCUCUUGGCCAACUAAGUGAAACUCUAGGAAUGCUCUGUCAUUUCUGAGCUGUUAAGUGAACUGCAGAUACGCUGGAAUCCUUGAUAGGGGAUGACAUAGAAAACUGUGUUCUCUGUGCUGUCCCAAGGAGGGCCCACACUGUUAAGGACAGAGGCACAGAACAUUGGGGUAAGGGAGCAGACAUUAAAUGUGAGAAAUGGGAAGAUAGCAGAUACCCCACCUGCAACUAGUAGAUGAUUUUUAGUGGGUCGUGAAUGGUUACUGCUCUAAAGUCCAGCAGCACUGAUGAAAUGUGGUGCUUGCUUGCUUUCCUUCCUUCCUUCCUACCUUCCUACCUUCCUCUCUUCCUUCCUUCCUUCCUUUCCUUCCUCCCUUCCUUCUUUUCUUUUCUUUCUUUUUUUUUGAGACAGACUCUCACUCAUUCAUCAGGCUAGAGUGCAGUGGCACGAUCCCGGCUCACUGCAACUCCCAUUUCCAGUUUCAAGCAAUUCUCCUGCCUCAGCCUCCAGAGUAGCUGGGACUACAGGCACGUACCACCAUGCGCGGCUAAAUUUUUGUGCUUUUAGUAGAGACGGGGUUUCACCAGGAUGGUCUUGAUCACUUGACCUCAUUAUCUGCCCGCCUCGGCCUCCCAAAGUGCUGGGAUUACAGGCGUGAGGCACCGUGCCCGGUCUAUGGUGCCAUCUUUCUACCUUUCUUUUUUGUAUCUCUUCUUCCAUUUUUAGGUCUUACCACCUGACCCAUCCAAGCUUGCCUUCUUCUAGAGUACUCCAAGCUCCAAAACAAUCCUUUCUCUAAUUCAAAAUGCCCAUCCCAUCAGAGGAGAUGAUAGCCAUUAGAAAGGGGAUUAGAAAGAAAGCAGUUUCAUUUCAGAGUUUCAUACUGAAGUAUGAGUGGACAGACUCCACUGGGCAUAAGGGAGAGGAUGAGUUUUAAAAAGCGGCCUUGUUACCCUAAUGUAAUAUCUAAUUGGUAGACUGUGUCUAGUGUUUUUAAGCAGGUGUCCUUUCCCAUGUUCAUUCCUCAGGUUUUGGCUUCUUCUUUCCCCCUAUGUCCCUGAUCAAGAGAACUGGAAUUGUCAGUGCCUUGCUACCCUACUUGCUGACUCUUAGGGUUUCAUAUUAAUGUAAAUCUCCCUCCACAGUGCUUCAACACAGUAGUUAAUCUGAAGGCCUGGGGAGGAACCGAACCCUCUUCUGGGCACCAGUCAGUCCUCUGUGUUUACUUGUUUCUUUCCUGGCUACAUAGGGCAGCGCUGCACAUCUGUCAGUUCAUGGGCAUCAAGGAGCUUGGAUUUGUUGCCAGCAUAAGAUCCUAAAAGAGAGGGUUUGGGGAAUCUCUUGAUUGCUUUUGAUUCCUGUCUAGUAGCUGCUGGAGGAAAUGGCACAGGGAAGAAGGAUAAUGUGAGUUUUGUUCUGAGCCGGGUGAUGUUGAGGAAAGGGAAUGGAUUGCAAGGAGCCAGGAGGUCAGAGAGGAUUGGUCUGUGUGGCAGAACAGUGAAAGCUCUGCCCUGGGCCAUAUGUUUAGGCGGGUAGGAGACGAAGGAGUGAGGUCAUCUGGAGAGGAAAGGAAGCAUGGUACCAUCCUAAUUCUAGCCCAGUGCCUUCAGUCUCCCUAUCUUCAUCACAUGCCAGUAGUGGUAUACAUUCAGGGUAUAUUUUGCCUGUGAAUUGAAUUGUCUUUGCCAAUCGACCAGCUGUGUUUGCAGAAAGACUCUGACUGACUGUGCUCUGGCUGUUGCUAGCAAAGAGACAUUUCAUUCAGGUUCUGAUUAAAUAAGGUACAGAGCCAGAUUGCACAUUAAAGCCCUUAACUAUGGCUCUGGGAGUCCUGGGUAAACACUUAUUAGAUGUUCUGGGCAGAGCACAAAAGGCUGAUAGGUGUUCUCUUCAGAAAUCAGGUUGAAGGAAAUUGAGGGUUAAGAGAGACUUCUAUAAAGAGUUUCGAUCUUCUUUUCUUACAUUAAUCAGAUUUGAGUGGGUGGUAUGUACACAUCAGGGCUAGAUAAGUUUCCUCAUUGGAAUUUACUUGCCAAAUUCUAGCUGGGACAUUGUAGAUUUGGAUUGGGACACAGCAGGGUUCCUGACUUAAGUAGGACAGUAGAAAUGCUUCAUUUUCCUAAUGCAAGUUCAGGUUUGUGGAUAGAUUCUAUGGACCAUAUUUCCGGGUGUGGGUUUGAGCUCUAUCACCACGUGACCUUAGGCAUGUUACUUAGCUGCAUCUGUAAAUGGGAAUAAUAAUAGGGUUGUUUGUGAUGGUUAAAUGAAUAAUUUAAAUCAAGUAUUUAGAAGAAUUUCUGCCUUAUUGUGUGCACUACAGAAAUGUUAGCAGUUAUUUAUAGAGUAAUAGUAUUACUUAACAUUUUGAAAUCACAGUGAUGUACUGGGAUAGAUUACAGGCUCUAGGGUGGUAAAAGCCUGGAUUCAAAUUCUUCCACUAGCUCUGUAACCCUGGGCAAAUACUUAACCUCUCUGAGCCUGUGUUCCCAUAUUCAUAAAAUGGUAUGAUCAAACUUGAAUAUACCAGAGUUGUGAGGAUUAAGUGAGAGAAAUGAGAAAAUACCAAUAAAGCAUUUAAGAUCGUAUCUGGCACAUAGGAAGCAUUCAAUACAUUUAAGUGAUGAUUAUGAUGAUGAUGAUGAUGAUGGUGACCAACAUGAUGAGGCUGAUGAUGACAGUCACCAUCAUUCUUACUAUGGCUGCUGCUUCGAGCUUGGGUUCUAUUGUUGCAGUAAGAUGGUAGGGAUUUGAUACAGGAAAGUUUUUCCAUGAAAAUCUUCCCUUGCAUCGUCAUUUCAUGCAGUGGGCAAAGGUAUUGGUUUCAUGAAGUUAGCACCCAUGUAAUAAUUUCUGUGGGACAGGGUUGCUUCACAGUUUGAGGCCUAAGGACACAUUUGUGGGUAAUGUGAAGGUAUUUUAAAUUAUCCAGUCCUUUCUGGGUGACUGGGUGAUUCUGUUUAAAAUAGGCAAUUCUUCUUACAUCUCACUGUUAGGAAACUUACCUUUCCAGGGACCUAUUGGCUUAAUUAUUAUUGCUGUUUAUUAAUGGGCUGGCUCCAUAGUGCAAAGUUUCUUGAGAUUGGUAGUCUAGGAAACCAGUGAGUUUGUGACAGAAGUAUGAAAGAAGUGGGUUUGGGGCAAUGGGGUAGACAUAGAUUGGUGAAUGGGUUUUUGUUUGUUUUUUUACUUUUCAUUUAUUUCUUUUGAUUAAGGGGAGUAAAACUUUUUCCAGUGCCACCUAUUACCAGUUUGGUAACUGUUGGAGGAGAAAGGGCAGACCCCAGAGCUCCUGGGCAAAAGGCAGGUUUCAGGUGGAGCAGCAUCUUAGCUGAAGGAGAAGCAUGAAGUGGAGCCUGUGUUGCUUUCAAGAGAAGACCUCACUGUGCCUUGGGUUUUCACAUCAGCAGAUGGACAGAAGAAACCAGUUCUUCCUAUAUCUCUGGGAUACGGUAAUCCUCUCUCCUUAAGACCAGCUCUACUCAUUUUCAAGACUUUGUGCUUGGGCCUCAUUUUCAAGACUGUGCUCUGGGACCUCAGCCACCAGUCAGUAGAGAAGACCCCCUUUAAGUGCAGCCUUCUGGGGCCUAGAACUUGGUCAUGUGAUUUCAAGCCUGGGGAUAAAGGGGGAGGUGCUGUAUCCUGCCAGGGCCUUUGGAAGGCCUCUGGGCAUAUUCCCAAGCAUUGUGGGUACAAAGGCUGUUUCUUAUUCGUGGAGUGGGAGAAUUGAGGAGGCUAAGGUUAUGUUUUCUAUAAUCUGGUUCCCUGGAAGAAGAGCUGGUUUAGAGGGCAUUUCUAAACAAACAGCAACUCAAAUAAACAGCAGCCCUUGGAAAUUAGCUAUGAAAGUUCCCCCAUUCUAAAACCUAGUUAAGAUUAGAACAAAGGUCCUCUUCGUAUCAGCACUUGUUCAUUGUUGGUUUGCAUUUGUUAAGGGUUUCCUUUUUUAAGUUCCAGGUACUUGAGUGUGUGUGUGUGUGUGUGUGUGUGUGUGUGCGUGCAUGCCCCAGUCACUUUAUUCCCUGCGCCCUGCAGGAAUGCUGCUCAGGGUCAUGUGCACAAGUGCCUGAUUAUCAGCAGCACUUUCAUACUUGGUCCCUUGGGUAGCCGCCACUGCUGACUGCUGCUUCACGUGUGGGUAUUUCUCCCUAUUUCCUGGACCCCCAGCCCCACAGAGAACAUUGGCACCCUGAGGAAAGGGGCCGCCUCUACAUUUGGAUCUCCCUUUUGCUGCUUGGCAGCUGAUUUUACUCUGCUUUCAAGUUCACCUUUCCUCAGAACAGCCCUGCAAGCUAGCACCAAGCCAAGGUCAUGUUCCCUUGCUUGCAUGUGGGGUUUCUGGCUAUUCAGCCAAGAGAAAUCAUUGACCCUCAGCCCUGUGGGGAAUUUCAAGGGAGUAUUGUCUUGGUCAUCGGAGUCAGGGGUGGCCUUUAGGCAAAGGCUGCAUUAGCUUUGUGGAGAAGAAUGUGAAGCCCGCCGUGUCACAGGGUCUCCUGACGGGCUGGGUAGUGUUUGGCCAUAUCUCACAGCCAGUGCUGUGUUUGCUCAGAUGGACGCACAUGGAAACCAGGCUAGGAUCAUCUUCCCAAAUGUCUUACUCCCUGCUUUGGGUCUGUCCUGAAAAACAAUUGCAAAGUACAUUGUGGUCUGCAUCUGUUGUUUUUUCAUCCCCCUUUUCCACAGUCAGUUUGCAGUGAAUGGAUUAAUCUUGGCUGUUGGCACUUGUAUUUUCUGUUUCCUUUCUUUCAUUGGGUUGGGUUCUCACUUUUCAGUAAUAACUGUCCAUGGACAUUAAGGACAGCUGGUGCCCCUGCUCAUUUAGGGUCUCCCUUAGGCCUUUUAAACAGUGGAAAUGUGUAACAGGGUCAGAUGGGCAAAAAGUAGAAUUUAGGAGAAAGCUCACUAUAAUUUCUGUAACAUUUUUGAGUACACGUUAUUAUGCUUUAAGCAUGGUGUUAACUCUACUACCUAUAUAUUACCUCAUUUUCAGCUUUCCAGAAUGUUUUUUGUUUAUGUAAUUUUUUUAAUGAGACAGGGUCUUGCUGUCACUCAGGCUGGAGUGCAGUGUUGUGAAUAUGGCUCACUGCAGACUCUACCCCUUGGGCUCAAGCGAUCCUCUUGCCUCAGCCUCCCAAUUAGCUGAAACCACAGGCACACGCAUUACCAUGGUGAGCUAAUGUUUUUAUUUUUGUAGAGAUGGAGUCUUGCCAUGUUGCCCAGGCUGGUCUUGAACUCUUGGGCUCAAGCGAUUCUCCAGCAUCGGCCUCCCAAAGUACUGGGAUUAUAGGAGUGAGCCACCACACCUGGCCUGUUUUAUCUAAUUCUUCUUUUCUUUGCUUCUAGCUGAUUUCCCUUUUGGUGGACUAUAGGCACAAGAUAUUCUAACAGUACUUUCUCAGGUUGUUAAAAUGGCAGAGUGAUACCAAGUCAGAGCUGAAAGAAACCUCUGAGAUCAACUAAUUUGUCUCUCCUUCAUCCCUUGUUUUCCCAGAUGAGCAAACUGAGACCCAGAGAGGUCAAGUGAUUUGCCCAAAGUCACACAGCUAAAUAGAAGCAGAGCUGGUUCUCUGGACUCCCAGUUCAAUAUCUCUCUAUAAUACCAAACAUGGCCUCCUUUAUCCCUAACCUUCCAGCGUAAAAGGAACUAGACUUUUGUUCUUGCCCAGUAUUAGAGAAAUGUAAAUCUUGUUUUUGAGUGUCAUUGUUCAUUGCCUUCUUGAAAGUGAGGAUCUCCUGGCUGCAGGCCACCUCUUUACCUGGCUUGUAAUUUUUUCAAUUUACUUCCCUGCCCUUGCUUCCUGUCUUCCACAGUAAAGCCUGGCCCUGGUGUCACCAUUACUUGCUGCUUGCCCUGGGCAGGCAGUCCACAGAGAUAUGUGUGCCCAAUGAGCCUGCAUGUAGGGCCAGUAUGGGUUUCUUCCAGAUAUUGGUUGUUUGGAAAUGGGACCCACUCAGCUGUGGAUAUAACUGAGGCCAUCAUUUCCUGCCUCCAAAUAAAGGCCUCAGUCUGAUCCUAGUAAACAGUUGUAUGAGGCUCCAGGGCAAAAGAGCAAAUUUAGAACCUUAAUCUAGCAGAGGUAACAAAAGCCAAAGAAGAAAAAUGUCAGAAUAAUGUCAGCCUAGUAGAAGUCAAUUCAUCUUGGUAAAUGAUGUCGAGUAAUAGAGUGCUGGAUUAAGUGUUAGCCAGACCUGGGUCCUGGUGGUAGGUUCGUAACUAAUUUAAUGACAAAACUGAGUAAUUUUGGCCAUUCAGGUAGCAUCUCUGUGCCUCAGUCUUCUGAUAUAAUAAGAAAUAGAGUGUGGUAGUUAAAAGUACAUGCUCUGGAGCCAGACUAGUCAAGUUCAAAUCCCAGUUCUGCUGCUUUCUAGCUGUGCAACUCUGGGAACGUUAACUGACAUAUCUAGGCCUGGUUUGUUUGUUUUUUGAGGUCUUCCAAGUUCAUUAUUUUUCUUGUUUGUUGCUAGACCAGUGUACCUAAAGCCUCUGGGCCUGUUUUUUUAAUCUGCAAAAUGGGGAUUAAUAGUAGUAUUUACUUUAUGGGGUUCUUGUAAGAAUUAAAUGCAUGACUACAUGUGAAGUAUAAAAUAGUGGUGCCUAGCAAGUAUUCAGUAAAUGAGUAUGGCUGUUACUAUCUGUAAGACAGAUGAUCUUUGCCCUUCUUACCUUAUAGGGUAAACAUGAAAAUCAAGUGAAUAAGAUAUAUGAAUGUGCUGUGAAUAUAAAAAAAAGUGUUAUCAAAAUGAGAACAAACAUCAUGUCUUGAGAGCAGGAACAUUUAAAGGUUUCUUAGCCCGCUGUUUCUAGGAUCAGAUAUUGAUGGUUAUUUCCUUGGUCAUUUGGCAAAAGGGAGAAAGGUAAGUUUAUAUGUAGGGUUAUAUAGAUGCUGGGGCCAUCAAGCAAUGUAGAUCCUGCUUUUUCUUUCCCAGUGUACUCAAGAGGGCUUGAAAGCCAUGCAUCCUAAGUAAAGUGGUUAGGGGAUUUGGAAUGAAAAGGAAGGACUGCUAUGAUAUUCUUCCUUCAGUGCUGCUCUUAGUUAACGGCAUCACAAUCCAUCCAGUGACUCAGGUUAAAUCCCUAGACACCUUGAUACAUCUCAAUUCCCCCUUCUUCCUUCUUUUCAUUAUCAUAGUCUCAGUCAUCUUGGUUCUGUCUUUAAUGAUCUCUUCCAUCUGUCUCUUCUUUUAUUCUUUGAUUCCCCUGCCCUGGUUCAUGUUGUUGUUUAUCAUUAUCAUCAUCACCUGGCUUGUUAGAGCAGCCUUGUGAUUGAUCUUCUCUCCUCUACCCUUUACACUCUAUCCUUUACACUAUUCUGUCAUUUAUUGCUAGAAUGAUACAAGUAAAAUACAUGUUGGAUCAUGCCAUUCCCUUCCUCCAAAACCUCCAUUAACUCCUUAUUGCCUUCAUCAGGGUUGGUAAACCUAUAGAUGCAUACACUUUAUAUUGUCCCUGGCCGACUGUGCUAAUUAAUCGUAGGCACACUUUCCCAGGGAGUCUCCAUGUACUCCAUGUAGGUUUAAAAUCUUUUUAGCAUAGCAUUCUAGGUAGCCACUUAUCAGUCAGUUGGAGUUAGUAUUAAUAUAUAGACUAGGAAUGGCACAUAGAUAAACCAUGUAGAGAAAGCCUAAUCUCCUUAUGAUAGGAUUCAGGAUCUUCUAUGAUUUUGGUCCCAAUCUUUCUUUUCAGCCAUGUCAUUUAGUUUAUUCUUCCAUGUGUUCUCUGAUUCAGCCACCAGUAUGAUGCCCUUCCAUUCUUCUCUGAGUUGAUACUUUGUUUAUGCUGCACUGUUAGACAGAAAUAUUCUUCCUUUUCUCUUCCUGUUGAAAUGCUAGUUAUCAUUCAAGGCUCAGCCCAAACACUCCCUCUUAUGAAGCUGUCUUCAGGCCUCUAAGCCAGAUUUAGUCUCUCUUUUCUAUUUUAGCGUGUUAUUCUGCCUUGUAUUAUGUAACUGUUUGUGCAACUUCCCUACUCCUUAGAUUGUAUGUUCCCUGAAUGUAAGGUCUAUGUUUUUAUUAAUUGUUGUAUCCCUCACAGCUUCUGGUACAUUCUAGACUCUUAGUUAAAAAAAAAUUAAGUCUAGUCUAAUCCCUUUGUUUUACAGAUGAGGAAACUGUGGCUUAGAGGAAAAGGUCAUUAGUUCAUUUUGAGAUCUGUUGAGUUUCAGAUGUUUCACAUGUUGAGGAUGGAUUGUGCAGCAGGCUAUUGAGAUGUGAUGAAGGCUAAAAAAGUUGAUUUAGGAGAUGUUGGCUUAGAGAAGGAAGAUAAAGGAGAAGAAGAGGAGAGCAUCAUGCAAGCAAGGGAAGAGAAAGAAGAAAAGUAUCCUGGGGAAUGUCUACUUUGGGAACAGAAAGAAGACUAAGUGAUGGAGCAGCCAUCCAGGAAAUGGAAUGAGAUCCAGGAGAGGAAGGAGUUUCAGAAGGCAAGAGCUGCUCCUCUAUGUCAUGUGAUGCCGAGGGGGAGGUCAGGAGGAUCUGAGAGAAGAUCUUUCUCCUGGCCUGCCCUCCAUGUCGGGGAGCUAUCGUUGUCUUCAAGCUACAGAUGCACAUGUUGAAUGGAGCUCUUCUGGCAUUGCUGUUUCCUGUGGUAAACACUCGGCUGCUCCCCUUUGAAUUGGAGAUUUACUACAUUCAGCAUGUAAUGCUCUACGUGGUACCCAUCUACCUGCUUUGGAAAGGAGGUGCUUACACUCCAGAGCCCCUCAGCAGUUUCCGGUGGGCUCUUCUCUCAACUGGCCUCAUGUUCUUUUAUCACUUCAGCGUCUUGCAGAUCCUCGGCCUGGUCACCGAAGUGAAUUUGAACAACAUGCUGUGUCCGGCCAUCUCAGACCCAUUCUACGGCCCCUGGUAUCGCAUCUGGGCCUCGGGACACCAGACUCUCAUGACCAUGACCCACGGGAAGCUGGUCAUCCUGUUCUCAUACAUGGCUGGGCCCUUGUGUAAAUAUCUGCUGGAUUUGCUCCGGCUUCCAGCCAAGAAAAUAGACUGAAGGUGCUUGUUGUUUUUUUUUUUUUCUCCCUGAGGAAGCAAGUCCCAACUUGACUUGGAGAACACCCAGUUCUUGAUGAAAUCAUGGGAGAGGGCAGUAGGAUGUGUGGUGUAUUUCUUUUCCUCCUUUCUGUACCUUUCUUCUACCACUCCUCCUUCCUCAGCUCUUCUCCCUAGGAUGUCUCCUUGAGCCUGGCAUGUAGUGCUGGGCAUUGGAUUUUCCUCCUUCCCUUUGGCUCUUUCUCUCUGCUCCUAGUGGCCUUACAUGGGGAGAUCGCAGUCAGUGGCUCUUUCACUCUGCUUGUCGGUGCUUUAACAACAGCUGGUUGAGGAGGAAAGGGAACAACAAGUAGUAGUUUUUUUUGGCAUCAAAGCAAUGAGAUUGGGUUGCAUUUCAUUUCUCCACUGCCAGGGAUCUCCAGGCUUAUGCUGGUAUCCCAUUUUGUCUCCAGCACAGCCCUUACCAUAGGGGACUGAGGCCUUGUUUCUAUACCAGCGGGAAGCCCAGAGCAGAGGGAUUUCCCAGCUCAUGGUCAAGACAGAACCAGCCAGAUUCUUCUCAUUGGUGUCCCAUGAUUCAAAGCAAUCAGCCAACCAGCCACCAGUAUGCUACCUGGGAUGGGAGGGGAGGGCACCACGCAGCCCAAGAGAUUCCAUUGAGAGAGUUGGACGACAAAUCCAAAAUGAAGAGGGUCAAGAUAUAUACAGUACUAGGCAGCACCCUGUGUAAAUUCUGCCUGUGAGAGCUGAGAACUGAUGCACAUCCCAAUCAGAAGCGAGCAUAGAAAACUGUGAUUUGAAUCAUAUACUCCAUUUUAGGUUAAUGUUGAUAAUAGAUACGCUUUUAAUCUUGAGUGCCCCUUUAAUGUGUUCUCUCCCUGCCUGGCUCCCUCCCUUCCGCCCCUCCCUGCCCCCAGGCAGCUUCAGGGAAGAAUGAGCUAGAAUUGGCUGGUUGGUUGUUUUUUUGAGUUUGAAGAAUCCUUGCAUCAGGGCCCACUUCUGGAAGACGGUGUAGAUCCAUUUCUUGGCUUUACAGGGAACGCCAGCAUCCUGGGUCUGAGGAGCUAUAGCUGUUGCCAGUGUUUCCCUAGGGCCAGAUUUCUUCAGCGUAGUCAGACUCAGUGUUGAAUUGUUUAAUAUGAGGGACAUCACAUCCUCUUCGUCCUUUCUACCCCCAAAUCCCAUGUCUAGGUUGAAAGGGGGCUGCCAAGUAAUUAGGUUCUCAUGGGUGGAGGUUUAGGUGCUCCACAAAGAGGAGCUUUUGUUGAAGGACUUUAGCUCAGUUAUGCACAGACCUCAAGAAGGCAGGCAGUGGUUGGACAUUGCUGACUCUGCGCUGACUUCCACUAGGAACAGAUUUGCCUAAGAACUGAAAAGAUUCAUUUGGUGACUUUGUCUGAUGAGCUUCCCUUCCCCUCUCCUACUCUAGGCAACACAGUUGACCUAGGCCAGUUCAAGUAUUUCCAGUUUGACUGUGGUAGACCUACACUGAGCUUCAGUGCUUCAGUGGUUGUAACUGUAGUAAACAGACCUACAGGAAGCAACCCUGGGAGGGACCGUCCUUCUGCAGAGGCCUGCGGGCAUUGAGGCUAUCAGUCCCCAGGGCUUGGAGAGCAGGAGGGAAGAACACCAAGUGCUCUUACUACCCUGAGCUCCUUUUGAUGUGUAAGCUUUGUUUUUGGCCCUCUUUGAGGGCAGGGCCAAGCUUUUCUAAGUGCCUCUCACCGUAGGGUUGCCCUUUAGGAGAGGUACCUCUUGAAAUGGCUGGAUUGGCCCUGCCCAUUAUCAAACUGCUACAUGUAGGAAUGGCAGAUGAGGAAACAUAUAAGGCCUCAGUGCCCCAUGGCCUCUUUACAAAAGGAGAAGUUGGAAGGGGGUUGUGGGAGGAGCCCCUGGGGCCUGGCCUGUCCUCCACCAGAACUUGGAGUUGCUGCCAGCAGAGGAUCUGUGCCUGAGCUGAGGACUAGCUUUGGAAUGUCAGGCAGUGUGACUGUGCAGGCCCUCUCCUCCUCCCCGUUUCGGUGGCAUAGCACAGGUUGCCCAGUCGCUUGAGCUUUCCCCAUGUUGGCAUGCCUCCACAAGCUUACAUUUGCUCUGGCUACAGCUCAGCGCCCCAUUCUGAAGGGCACUUUCUGGUGCUUGAAAGGAGAGAAGAAAGCAAAGGCCACAUGCCUGGCAUGGUCAAGCCAGAGACAGUUCCACCUGUCAGGGGAAGGAAGAAGUGAAGGGGACAUGCAGGGCUUUGGGGACCAGAUUGGCUCAGAAACAUGUAGUUGAAAGAACAGACGUGGCCCAGUCAAUAGGCUUCAAAGGGAGCCAUGGCCUGUAUUUGGGGCAUUGGGGAGCAGCAGGCAUCUGAACUGGUCUGAAUCUCACUCUUUUCUUGGGCCAAGCCAACGUGGAGAGAAGGAACCCAACCAGACCCCUGGCAACCUGCCUUACAGGGUAGCCCCCAUAUCUGCCCAAUGCCAACCCUCUGCUGCUCCAGCUUUGGUACAAGAGUGAGGGAGAAGCUGGAACUUGCACACCCAGUGGCCAGUGGGCCUGUCUUCUCAGCUCCUCCUCAGGGCUUUGCUGUUAGUGCCAAGCUGGUUCCCCAGCCAGAUUUCCAUGUGCCAUUUUCCAGCGUGUGGGAGCUCUGCACAUGUAUGAGGGUGUUUGUAGAAGAGGGCAGUUCCCUUUCAAAUGGCCUCAGAAAGGGAAAAGAGUGCUCCCUCCAGCCCCCAGGUAGCCUUGACCAGGGAUGCGGGCCAAGGAGUACAGUCUGGAGCUGGCCAACUUGUGGCAUCCACUCCGAAUAGCAGAGACCCAGUCACGCCUACUUUGGGUCCUCCCAGCCCUCAGUAUUUGGUUUUGUUCACCAAAGAUGAGUUGACCCACCUUCCUCCCAGAGGCACAACAGUAACAUAUUCCUCUGUCAGCCUGUGAGGGCAUGCGGGGUUCUGAAGCCACAGACUCAGUCUCCCCAAAUCAGCAAUCUCUCUCUCUCUCUCUCUCUCUCAUUCUCUCCUCGAACUUCAUCGCAUUCGUAGAAGCUACUUGCACGGUCGCUGGGCUAACCGGGGCAAUCGGCAAACUUUACUGUACAGUACCUCAGUCUAGCUGUCAGAUCAUCCCUUUUGCUGUAGCCUAUGUUGGGGUUUUUAUAUUUGUGAUCAUUGGUAAUUCAGUGUCUAUGAAGUGGGCACAGCUCCCCACAGAGUGCAGUUGUCAGCAUGUCUCUGUGCACUGGUUGUUGCACAGGGCACUGCCCUGCAGAUGAGCUAGGUGUCUCAGGGGGCAGCAGAAGGGCCCUUUUUCCCCACUCCCUCUGCCAAAAAUACUUCCCUGGAUUUGUAGAUGUUGACUCAGAGUCAUCUAUCCCCUCCUGAAAACAAUUUUCUUACUGGUUUCUACUGAAGGGGAGGAGGAAAAAAGGACCAUGUGCGAUGCUCUCAGAGAAGACACUGAUGCUGAUUAUGGAGGGUUUCCUGCAGGCCCUCGUGGGCUCCUCAGCAAGGCCCCAGGCUGGGAAGGGGUUCACCCCACUGCCCAUCCUGCCUGCUCUGUGCUGGGUAGAGUCAGUGACAGGGAGACAGCCCUCUUCUUAUGUAUAUAGAGUGAGCUGAUUUGCGCUCAGGAAAACCUAGUCGCUCGUUGCUCUUGUCUGUGACAUUUACACUGGUUUGCUACUCAUGGCACGAAACAGACAAACCCCAUGAAAAACAAAACAAAACAAAAGUCAUUUCAAAAAAAGCUGUUGUUUUGAAAACUCUUGCUUUCUUUUGGUGUCAAUUUUGUGUUUUGUUUUAAAGAAUCCUUCAUUUAUAUUGGUGUUACUGUAGUGAAGAGAAUAUGAUAGGCUGAUCUGUAAUGGGUUCUGCCAGGAGCCUAGCAAAUGCCUCUGCCCUUCUUCCCCUACCCCAUCCUUCCUCCAUUUCCAGUUGGUAUUGCUAUGCACUGGGCAGACCCCUCACUGUCUCCCCUGAAACCCCACACAGUGGCUCUCUUUAGAACCAGUGUUUGUACUCUCCCUCAGCAGCAGGGUAAGGCUGGUUCUUGCGUGCUCUGUGACCCACCAGUUUGCUCACCUCUUGGGGCAUUUUGUAAUGUGCGUUCUCUGUUUUGUAAAAUCUUUUGAUUGUACUGAAAUGGUUUCUGCAGUUGCCUUUGGAAAUAAAUGGUCAUUAAUUUGUUUAUUUAGCAUUCUGCA